CUUGGCCGGUAUGUGACGAAACCCGAACAGGCUCGCAGCGGGCCGUCCUGGGAUCAUCUGUACUUUCACCGAGGAGUGCUCCCUGGUGGACAGAAGAGAUCAGACAAUGUCAGCAGCCAGUCGGCUGAGCUGGGCGGCCGUGUCGCUGCUGGUGGUGCUGCUGGCCAUCUGGUACCGGCAGCCAGCGGACCAGCUGGACGCCGUGCUGGACAGCCUGCUUCGCGCCGAGCAGCUGACGCUGACGCCGCCGGCCGCCCGGCCGCGGCCGCGCGUCGCUGUUGGCUACGGCGGCUGCAUGGACCUGUUCGCACGCGCGCUGCACGUGCUGGACGGCGGCAAGUGCGCCGUGCGCGCCAGCCACCACGGCUUCCUGCACGAUCGCGUCCAGCUGCAUCAGACGUUCCUCUACUUCUUCCAGCACGGCGCCGCCGCCGAACGGUACGUCUCGGACGCGGACCUGUUUCGCCGAGCUGGUGGCGGCGGCUCGCAGGGCUGCUCGGUGCUGCUGGGCAGCGGCCGCUACCCGGGCCAGCAGGUGCCCGAGGACGUGCGCGUGGUGGGGCCGGAGGCGGCGCGACCCGACGUCCACCUGAUCCUCGAGUACGGCGCCGACGCCAGCUGGUGCGGCCACCACCACCACCCGCGCCAACAGGUGAGCCCGCCCCUCCGCACCGACCAAUGCCGGCGGCAGGGUGGUGCAGCUCGGCACCGCUCCUUUUCGUUUAUUAUUCACAGCGACGUGGCCAAUCCCACGAUCUCUGCUCUGGAGGAUUUCGGCGAGGCCUUGAAGAAGUUUGACCCGGACCUGCUCGUGGUCUCGGGACUCCAGAUGAUGGAUAACUUCCCAUUCGAGAAGGGCGCGCGGCCCGAGCGCCUGCGCCUGCUGCGGGACCAGAUGCGCUCGCAGCCGGCCCGCACCAAGAUCCACUUCGAGAUGGCCAGCUUCGCUGACACCGGCUUGCUGCGCGAGAUGAUGCAGAUGGUCACGCCUUACGUCGACUCCAUGGGCAUGAACGAACAGGAGCUGCCGAACCUGCACAGCAUGGUGCUGUACGGCAACGUGAGCCUGGUGUCAGACGCCAACCCGCGCGUCGCCACCGUGCUGGACCAGAUGCGCACCGUCAUGAGGGUGCUGGGUGAGGAGGCGCCGGCCGAGCCCGGCCGCCGGCCGCUCUCUCGCCUGCACGUGCACACGCUGGCCUUCCAGGCCAUCAUGACGCGCCGCGACGGCAUCUGGAGCAACUCGAUGUCGGCGGCGGCGCGCGCCUCACUCACCGCCCACCGCCACAUCUGCGGCACGAAACAGGUGGACACAAGAAAGGCGCGCCUCAUCAUGGACGAGAGCUUCUCAGUGUCUGGCGAGCCGGGCAGCCGACGGGUGCCGUUCGACCCGGCCCGGCCUGUCAGCUGCUGGAACGAGGGACUCUACGAGAUGUGCGUGGCGCCUGUGCUGGUCUGCACGGAGGUGUACCAGACGGCGGGCGGCGGCGACAACAUCUCGUCGGCCGGCCUGGUGCCGCAGAUCCUCUGACGGGCGGCUGAGGAACAUGCCGGCCCGCUGUUGGCUGACGCGGCCUGGCGGCGGGGGCCGCGCCGGCUCGCAGCCGGCCGGGAACGGCCGGGACGGUUGGCUUUGUCCCGUCCGGACAAGCGUUGCACGAGGAGAUUGUGCGAAGAUGCCAGUUGGGACCAACAGGUCGGUGGUUUCCAAGCAGAUUAGGUGGCCUUUUUUCGAGUUGUUUGGAAUGGGCACCGAAAUUAACGUCUCGGGGUGAAGCGUACCGUGAUAUGGGGCGAAUACUGAGCUCAGCACCAGACGCGGCGUGCCAGUCGCCUCGUCGCCGAAUGUGGUCAAAGUUCAGGUAAGAUCGCCAGCUCGUUAAACUAGUCUUGACUAUCAAAAUGCUGUGGCUUUUGCCAAGUGAUCAGGGCUGUUGUUCGGUUGGGAGGGGUGCGGCUCGCCACGUGACCGGACCAUCCCGCUCGCUGCGCCUGUCGGAGGUGGCAGCGCGCUGAAACGAAGCGUCACGACAUGGUCAUCUCCCGGUGAUAUGUUCAAUGGACGGUGCCGUCCGUGAUACGUUGUCUUCGCUCGUAUGUGCACGUGUCCACCCAUUUGUGACCCCUGGGGUCAUCCAACGCGAUGAAAUCGGGCAGCAAGCGGGCGAUCAGGGUACUUACUUUAAGCAAAAUGCGGGGCGGACCCGGAUUGAGUGCCAUCAUUCCAAACGCUGCGCAGUCUGCCACGCCGGGACGCAUCGUUUAUUUGACCAGCCAGUCAUCCAUUCCGCUACGGCCGGGGGUUGGAUUCCCAUUUCAGCACGGUGUGCAUUAUUUUCUGUAUCCGUUUGUGUUCGGCGCGCCCGCGCAAUAGAAGUGACGAAAUA